AUGGCUAAGCACGUUAGAGCACUCUCGGCGACGAUUACCAACAAUAUUCCAUCCUCUGGCAAUACAAUCGCAGAAGCCGGUCAAGAAGCUAUCACUAGAUCCACAAACGCUGUUCAACGCAUCUUGCACUAUGAUCAACUCCCCGAAUGGAUGAAAAUCGACACCUACAUCAGACGCGGUUAUCGACCUCAACAAGAUAGCUUCCGUGACUGCUUCUGGUCGCUGUUCUACCUCCACAAUGAGAGUGUCAACAUCUGGUCUCAUCUGUUACCUGCCUGCUUUUAUCUGGUGUCUCUGCUCGGGCUAGACUUUUGGACGUUCCACAGCGGGAUCAAGGUGCCGACUGCAGACAGUGCUAUCUUCCAGAUGUACAUUGCAUCUAUAGUGGGCUGUCUACUUCUCUCGGCAACCUACCAUUGCACCAACUCGCAUUCAGAACAGAUCUCACGUAAAACCCUCAAACUCGAUUAUUUCGGCAUUCUAUUGAGUAUUAUCGGAACCAACGUUUCGGCAACUUACUUCGGCUUAUACGGCAACUUUCUUCUACAAGGGUCUUACAUCAUCUUCAUCCUUAUCUGUUCCGCCUUCGUGUUUAAUGCUUUACUACGCGAUGACAUCGACGGACCAGGGGCUGCUAUACGAAGAACUAAAAUGUUCAUCGAGUUGGCCAGUACUGGUCUCAUACCCCCUGCAUACAUUUGGAUACAGGGCAUGGAUCAGGGUUUGGAAGGCGACUCUGCUCGCGAAGCACACUUCUCUACUUGCUUUGAAUCGCAGUCAUCGAGCUCCAAGUCUGCACCAUCUCCUGGAUCGCCGCCUUCCUACAAUAGAGAAGGAACCUUCGACAGCAAUUCUAAGUCUUCAGAAGCAGCGUUCCCGUCGGAGAAAGGAGCCGCCUCAAAAUUAGGACCCACCCCAUCAAGAAGCGCGACCAUGCCAAUUCGACCACCCGUUCCGACCGAGGCUCCACCGAGCGGCUCUCGGAGGCUUUCCAUCUUUGGGUUUGGAAACGGCAAGAACAAGGAACAGAAAAUGGAGGAGAAGGUCACGAAAGCUGAUGGCUUGAUGCGUCAAAGAUGGGGUCCUCCAGGCUCUCCUACAUCGGAGAUGGUGAGAAGGUACUGGAUGGCGACAAGAAUGGAACAGCAUUGGGAGUAUCUCCGAGCGCACCAUCCUAGGCAAUUCAAGAAAUACCUGGGUAAAGGUUACAUGGAGCCCAUACCUACGUCCUGGGUCCAGAACAGACAGCUGGCGUACCUCUAUCCGGAACCCUCAAAUUGGGAAACGCCAGCAGAGAAACGAUUGUACUACCUGCUCAACAAUGGGGUCAUGCCUGACGGAUCAAUGCAUCCAGUGUUACGGCCACUUAAUAUCAACAGAGAUAUGUACACCAUUAUCCGACGAGGCAACGAGAGAAAUGCCAGACAAGUCCAUCUCAAUGCGCAGAAGCUAGCUCAAUACCAAAGCCCGGGUGACGUUUUCCAGAGUGACAAGGAUAUCAAAUCGCAUCGCUACUCGGAUCAGGUACCCAAUACCGUGUACGAAGCCCGGACGGCGGCAUUGCACGAGCUUGCUGAAGGCAUCAUACACGGCACAGACCAUCUUGAGACCAUGCUAUUGAUUGAUGUCUCGGGAUCAAUGACGUGGAAUCCUCAUGGAGGCAUGCUGGGGCCCGAUGGGAUUCUACGAUUCCACGACCAGCCCUCCAAUAUACUCCUCGUGCAACAUCUCGUCCACAGAGUAUUACACCAUAUGAUCCCUCGACAACAGAAAGAGCAUUCCACCCAGAUAGGCAUCGACACCGUGACGUUCUCGAGCUUCGGUAGAUACGUGGGUCAGAUAUCUGCAGAUCGCUUUACACAGGACUGGAACAGACAGGUCCAGCUGGGCGGCGGUACUCAAGUCAUGCAAGGUUGGCAAACCGUCAAAGCCACAUACUUCCAGCACCAGCACGAGAGCUACGGUCAUGGCAGGUGGGACCCUGUAUUUGGAUGGCAAGCUACGCCCGGCAUGCCCAAGCUGUCACUACUGGUCUUCCUCGACGGCGAGGCUACGGAUAUGGAUGAAUUCGAGCUCGAGCUGCUGGGCGAAACAUGGGCGUACGUGACGAUUGCGCUGGUCGGGAUGGAGAACUGCCCGCAUCAUCAUUCGCAUGCUAUCGAGCUGGAGCGUGUUGCCAAGUUCAACCCGCAUGUUGGCUUCUUCGAUGUGCAUGGGAGAGUAUGUGAGAGGAUGGUUGUGGAAGAUAUACUGAGCAGUGUCUAUCCUGUAGACCCACCCUCAUACAGUGAGAUCCUCAAGCCAGAGUACGAUCUGCCACCUGAAGAGCUGCCGAAGUAUUCGGCGUACUGA